AUGUUUCAAGCACGAUGGAAAUCACCAGCAGAGCUCGAUCAUCAACUCCCAAGUCGCCGCGACAGUCAAGAUUCUGUCAUGGGUAGACUCGGUGGAAAGAAUGUUGUCAUCUUUUGCUCUACUCGCGUUUGGCGCGGUGCGCCUAAACAUACCCUUCAGUUCGCUGCCCUCUUCCUCACCACCUUUCUGAUCUUCGGCGUAUUACCAAAUCGACUAUCAGGUGGACAGCUCAGAAGCGGCUCUACUGGAUUGUUUUCUUGGGGUAGAUAUGAGCCAGAACCCGAAUCAAAUUUGAGGAUCGUGGUGUUUGGAUCCCCUGAUGUCGUGGGUAAUGUCAAAGAUCCUCGACGCAAAACAUGGACAGAAGAACUAUGUGAUGAGCUUAACUGUAGUUCUUAUCUCUCAUUUGUACCAGAUGGUCGACCGAACAGGGGCCUCAUCAGCAACGAACUCCAUCAAAAAGGCGUCAAAGAUCUUCUCAACAUCACAAAACACACAGACGUGAAGAAGAAGCCAGCCUUCGACUACAACUUCAUUUCUAAACAGUACCCAACUCCAGACAAAGUCCCUGACUUGGCCAGCCAAGUGAAGACCUUCCUUGCGAUGCCACCACCUGAAAUACCCUCGCGCGAAACGCUCUGGAUCUUCAGCUUCGGCACUUGGGAAAUCUGGAACAUGGCUGCAAUGCCAAGGACGAAGUCGGAAGAUAUUAUUACAGACAUGGCGAGAGUUAUCGUUGACCAGGCUGAAAUACUCUACGAGCGAUCACUAGACCCAACUUCCAUCGCGUACUCGGAUUUUUGGACGAAUGCGACCGAAACGCAGAUAAGAGAGCUGACGGCACCCGGCGCUCUAGAUAGUGUCGACAAACGUAAGUUCGAGAGCUUUCGCAUUAUAGCGCCUAUGAUAUUCGAUAUAUCCUUGACACCGGCGUGGCAAGCUCGACAGGCGCCACCAGCACCCAACAGCGUAGUAGAGCAUACCCGAAAUGCCGCGGAACUGACCAAGUACUGGAACCAAGAGGUAGAUUUUGCAGUUGCUGAGUGGAACGAGAGAUCGACCAAGAAACCCCAGAAGCCGGCUUCUGAGGACAAGGCAUCAAGCAAGAGCAAGAGAACCGAGAGUGUUGAGCCAGUUGAACACAGCGAAGAUACAAAGGACCAGGCGAAGAAGACAUACGAGGACGAGCGUGUUAUCCAAGCUCCAUACCCCAUGCGUAACGGGCUGGCGAUGGACAUUGGAAAGGUGCUUCUCGAUGCUAUGACAGAGGGUGAGAUGCAGCACGCCGCGGUGGUGGAUCUGCGAGGACGCGGUACGAUGGCACCAAAUGCGACGAUGCGAUUCGCCGAUGUCUGGACUUCAUGUGUCAAGGCUGACAUGUCUGAUCUCACUAUCGAUCCGGACAAGGUCACGGCUGACUGUGCCGUUGAGAACGACCAUUUAUUCUAUGACUCGUUGACGAUAAGCGAAAGGGCCAUGAAGGGCGCAGUUCAAGCGGUUGUGCAAGAGAUCAAAGAUGAGCUGUUCAGUGCGCAGAAGAAGAAAGGCUGGUUAUACGGGGGAUGGUAG